AACAGUAAUAAAGAAGAUAGUGCCUUAAAUUGCAACUGAACACAAUUUCCCUACAUCUGCAAACUUCUUUCACAUUCAUCUUCAAUGGCUUCUACUUCUUCAUCCACUCAAAAUUGGAAGAAUGAUGUUUUCUUGAGUUUUAGAGGUGAAGAUACUCGUAAAACUUUUGUGGGUCAUCUCUACUAUGCUCUAAAACAUAAAGGGAUUCAUACUUUCAAAGAUGUUAGGUUGGAGAGAGGAAAGUCCAUUUCACCUGAACUUGUGAAAGCUAUUGAACAAUCAAGAUUUGCUAUUGUUGUAUUUUCUAAGAACUAUGCAUCCUCCACUUGGUGCUUGGAUGAACUUGUAAAGAUCAUGAAAUGCAAGAAAGAAUUAGGACAAACUGUGAUACCCAUAUUCUAUGACGUAGAUCCAUCGGAUGUGAGUAAGCAAAGUGGAACUUUUGCUGAAUCAUUUGCUAGACAUGAGGAAAAUUUGAGAGAUGAUUUGGAGAAGGUGCAAUCUUGGAGGGAUGCAUUUGGUGAGGCAGGCAAAACAGCAGGAUAUGAUUUACCAAAUGGCUACGACGGGUAUGAAUCUAAUUGCAUCCAGCAUGUUGUUGAAGACAUACUGGGUAAAUUGUGUCAAGUUACUUCAACCAUUGAUAAUGAUUUAGUCGGGAUGGAAUCUCGAGUGCGUGAAGUAAGUUCAUUACUAAGAAUGGAAACACCUGAUGUUCGUUUUAUUGGAAUUUGGGGGAUGGGCGGCAUUGGUAAGACAACAAUUGCAAGCGCUGUAUUUGGCAAAUAUUCUGGCCUAUUUGAAGGUGUUUGUUUUCUUGAUAAUGUUGCAGAAAUGCAAAGGACAUUUGGACUGCAAUACUUGCAAGGUGUUCUCCUCUCAAAAAUCCUAAAGGUAAGCUUAACUAUUACAAGUGUAUAUGAAGGCAUGGAAAUCAUAAAGAAGAGGUUGCGCUCAAUGAAGGUUUUGAUCAUUCUUGAUGAUGUAAAUCAAAAAGACCAAUUAGAAAUGUUAGUUGGACGGCAUGAUUGGUUUGGUAGUGGUAGUAGAAUUUUGAUUACAACAAGAGAUAAACAUUUGUUAGAUAAUCAUAUGGUGGAUGAAGUGUAUUCUGUGAACUUGAUGACUCUUAAUGAAGCUAUUGAGCUAUUUAGCCUACAUGCCUUUAAGCAAAGAAUUCCUAAGAAAGACUUUGAGGAGCUUUCAAAUCAAGUUGUACAUUGUGCCGGUUUGCUCCCUUUAGCUCUGAAAGUUUUAGGUUCAUUUCUCUAUGGAUUAGACAGGAGGCAUUGGACAUCGUCAUGGGAAAGGCUGAAGGAUCUGCCAAAUGAUGAAAUUCUUGCUAAGCUUAAGAUAAGUUUUGAAGGACUGGGGCAUGUUGAUCAGAGACUCUUUCUAGAUAUUGCAUGCUUUUAUAGAGGAAAAUUGAGGAGUUAUGUAGAGGAAAUACUUGAGAGCUGUGGUAUCGGAUCUACAAUAAGAAUAAAAGUCUUAAUUGAAAAGUCUCUCUUAUUUAUCUCACCAUAUGACACAAUUGAAAUGCAUGAUUUGAUACAAGAAAUGGCCUGGCACAUCGUGAGUCAAGAUGACUCACGAAGGAGUAGAAUAUGGCUUCCUGAGGACAUCGAGGAUUUGUUUACUGGAAAUUUGGAAGCAGCAUCUGUGGAGGGACUAUGGAUACCAAGGAAUUACAUUCCAAAACAGGAUAUAUCAUACUACAAUAUCAGUGAAGUAUUUAGGAGAAUGAAAAGAUUAAGGGUACUUGUAGUUAGAGCAACAAAUUUCUGCUCUAUUGACCCGAUUACUCAUCUUCCUAGCAGCCUAAGGUGGCUUGAUUGGGAAGGUUGCCCUUUAAAUUCAUUGCCACAGAGUUUUGAACCAUCAAAGCUUCUUCGCCUUGAUAUACUCGAAUGUACUACACUUCAGAAACUCUGGUUAAUUCCGAAGGGUUUGGACAAACUAAAAACUUUGUACCUCAGCUAUUGCGAACACUUGGAAGAAGUUCCAAGCUUUGAGAUGAUGCCAAAUUUAGAGAGAGUAAAGCUAGAGGGAUGUAAGAGUUUGAGAGAAGUGAGCCCAUACUUUGGAGUUCUCAUGAAGCUCACUUCACUGGAGCUAAUUGAUUGUCAGAGCCUUGAGAAGCUUCCAAGUUAUAUUCAGAUGGAAUCCCUUAAGAGUCUCAAACUUUCUUGUCUUCCAAAGUUGAGGGAAUUACCAGAAACCAAGGGGUUGCACCGUUUAUUGACAUUGGAGCUAACUGAUUGUCAGAGUCUUGAGAUGCUUCCAAGUUGUAAUCAGAUGGAAUCUCUUGUAACUCUCAAACUUUCUUGUCUUCCAAAAAUAAUGGCUUUGCCGGCAACAGAAGGGAUGCACCAUUUAUUGGAACUUGUUAUAGAAUAUACUCCAAUAGUAGAGCUUCCGGUGUCAAUUGGAAAUCUUGGUUCCCUCAAACAACUACGGUUAAGUCAUUGUAAAGAUCUGGUAAGCAUUCCGAACAGCUUUUCUUGUCUGAAGAAUCUAAGAGUUCUUGUGAUCUACAACUGCAAAAGACUUGCAGAUUUGCCAGAGAAGAUGGGUGAGUUGAAGCUUUUAGAAAAGCUAGUAAUAUCUGGUACUGCAAUUUCCCAAAUACCCCCUUCAGUUGCAGACCUUGGUGAACUAAGCUUUUUAUCAUUCUCUCGCUGGUUUGGAUACAGAGAAGAUGCAACUUUUCUGUUACCCUCUGCAUCAGGUUCAUCGUCAUUUAGGGUGUUAAAGCUUAAGAAGCACACACUAUGUAGUGGAGAACAUUUUCAGGAUCUUGGAUGCUUAUCUUCUUUGGCUCACUUGGAUUUCACUAGAAAUGAUUUUACGAGUUUCAAUGAAAGCAACAAUCAGCCCUUUCAUUACCUAGAUAUAACAUUUUGUGAGAAGCUUGUAUUGCCCAGACUUCCAGCAUGCAUAAAGGAGUUAUAUGCAUAUGAUCCUUUAGUCUUGAAAAGCAUUCCUGAUUUCCCCACCAAAUAUUCAGAGCUGUAUUCAGUGUCAUUCGCACAGCAUAUUGAGAAUAGAGGGGAACUGACUGAUAUCUUGCACUUUGUCCUCCGCUUAAUUAGUGCGGCAUCUCAGUGUGAGAAAGUGCUACCAUUUAGCAUUUUUUUCCCUGGAGAUAUAAGAUGGAGCGGGUUCAAUUAUUAUCGAAAAGAACAUACAAAAAGAUUCUCCACUCCACUUGAUCCAUGUUGGUAUGAGAGUAAAUUCAAGGGAUUUGUUAUAUGCUUUCGUGUACCAUUGGAUACAGUUCAGAACCAGAAACCUUUGGAUGCUAAAUCACGAAGAGGAAGUCACUGGUUCGGUUGCACUAAGGUUACAGCUAAGUUGGUGCAAAGAUAUGACAGGCAAGAACAAGAUGUACUCCAGAAAAAAUGUUUGAUUGUUGCUCGCCAAGCAUUUUGCUCUCAUAGUAGUAAAUAUGCCAUUUGCUUUUGCUACAUACCUUUUCUAGCACUAUGGCAUACUUCUGAUAGUGAAAAGGGGAAGAAGCCAAAUGACUAUUGCUUCUUUGAGGCAUCUAUAGACCCAGGAAUUGCAACAAAAUGGGGACUUCUUCUGGUGCACGAGAAUAAAAUUCAACAGAUAGAUCAAGCAACCAUCGCGGUCCAACGUGAUGUGGAGUCUCCAAGUUCUGACCUGUUGAGAGAAUCUAAUGAUGACCAAGUCCAGAAAAUGGAGGAUGCUUCUGUUAAGAGAAGACGGCUUGAUUUUUGUCAAAGAGAUAAUAUGGUUUCAUUUGAAGCUGGCUGCUCUAUGAAAUUUCAAGCGAUGAAGGACUCAUGCCCUCCCAGUGAGUUUCAAACUUUCCAAAUAAUUCCUGAUCAACAAUUGGAAACACCAUGCUCUUCUGCAGCUCAAAGCUUCCAACACAGGGAAGAGUCAUGCUCUUCUGGACAGCCACAAACUUUACAGCUCCCUCUAGCUGAUUGACAAGUUGAUGAAGUGAUAAAUGAGGCUACCUCCUGCAUGGUAUUUGAACAACUGGAAGCGCCAAGCUCUUCCGAGCAGCCUGAAUCUUUUGAAGUCUCUCCAGAUGAGCACAAAGAUAAUUCAGUGACAAAUGGGUCUAGCAGCUCUGAGGUAUUCCAAGAAUUGGAGGCACCAUGCUCUUCUGGUCAACCUCAAAUUCUCCAGCUCUUUCCCGAGCAUUCAUGAUUUAGAAUCACUAGCAGCCUCUUAAUUUGCUGGCGAAAAGGCAAAAUAUGGCCAGAUGUCAAGGUUGACUGAAGCUUUUGGUGAGAUCUUAUGUUUUUCUGCAUGCCUGUUGGGUGUCUCCGUGUCCUUCUCUUUUUGUUCUAUCCUGAUUCUACUUUGAGGUACUUCUCUUUGGUUUCAAUUAAUCAUGUUUCUUGUAAUUCAGGGAGCAUUAUUUGCUCCGAAGCUGUUAUAAGCAUAUAUUCUGGCUGAGAGUUCUCUCUGUUUCGGUUAUUUUAGCUUGCAUCUUAGCGUGA